AUGAUUACAACAGAUAAACGUUGGAUUAAACAAUAUGUUCUUGGUGUUGGAUGUAACGGCCCUGUUUAUUUAGCAACACAUUCUUCUGCCAAAAAUUAUUCAGAAGCUGUAGCUGUUAAAUCUGCUGAAAUUGGCACAGAUGAAUGCUCUGUUCUACGUGAAGAAGCAAAAAUUUUGAACAAAUUAAAAGGUUCUCCUUAUAUAAUUCGAUGUUUCGGAGAAGACCAAAGCACUGAAUACUCAAAGUAUACGUAUAAUCUGUUGCUUGAAUGCGCCCAUAGCGGCACAUUACUAACUUUCAUACUCUGGAAUGGAAAAAUUUCCGAACAAGUUGCAGCGAUCUAUGCUUAUCAACUCUUGAUGGGUAUCCGUCACAUUCAUAACAAAGGGUAUAUCCACGGCGAUAUUAAAUUAACCAACAUACUUAUUUAUCCGGACAACAAGUUGAUUAAAAUUGCUGAUUUUGGAUGUGCCAAAGAAGAAAAAAGUCGUGCGCAUCAAGUUUUCGAUAUUUGUUCGGUUGGGUGCGUUGUUGCAAAGAUGCUGACCGGAAAGGGCAGCUGGUAUGCGGAACAGAUUGAUGAAUAUAAACGUCAGAUUUGGGGAUUUGAUACGGGGGAUGAACAGUUUAUAGAUAUUGGUCUUUCUAAAAUGGCUGAAAAUUUCGUGAUAGGCUGUUUGCUUUGUGAUGUUCCUGGUGGAUUAUUGAGUGUGGAUGAAUUGAUUAAUCAUCCUUUUAUUCAGAACGUAAUUAGUACUGAGAAUGAACAUCACAUGAUGAAUACUCAUAAUCCUUUUGGUGAUUACUGGGUUUUAGAGCGUGAUUUGUUUAGUACAACUUAUGACGAAUGGAAAGCCAAAAUAAGGAGAUCCAUCAAUGCUCAAAGAAAACAAGGAUAUACUUAG